AGCACAGUUAGUGAGCUGCAGGCAAAGGUUCCGAUGCGUCUGUUUGUAGUGCUGAGUGUUUGUGUGGCUUUGGCCUCCGCCGGAGGUUACGGAGGCGGAGGAGGUGGAGGUGGAGGUGGAUACGCCGGAUCCUCAGCUUCCUCCUCCGCUUCAGCCGGUGCGAUUGGCGGCGGUGAUGGAGGCGGUAAGCUCGGCGGAGGAUACGGAUCCGGCGGUCACGGAUCCGGCGGUCUGGGUUCCGGAGGACACGGAUCUGGCGGCUUCGGUUCUGGUGGAGAUUUCGGUGGUGGCGGCCUAGGUGGCGGAUUCGGAGGCGGCGGCGCUGAUGCCUCGUCGAGUGCUGGAGCAGCUGGCGGAGGACUGUCAGGCGGAUCAGCUGGAGGUCCCUUCGGAGGCGGCAGCGGCGGUCAUUCCGGCGGUGGAGUUAUUUCCGGCGGAGGUGGCGAUAUUUUCGGCGGAGGUGGUGCCAUUGGAGGAGGACACCCUGGCGGAGGCGGCUCUAUUGGAGGCGGCCAUUCCGGAGGAGGAAAUGGAAUCGGUGGCGGUCCUGGAUUUGGUUCUGGUGGAGGAGGACACUCUGGAGGUGGCGGGCAUUCCGGUGGAGGCGGAUUAGGUGGAGGAGGUGGAUCCGGCGGGGGCUUCGGCGGAAGCUCAGCGUCAUCUUCAGCCGGCGUUAUUGGUGGCGGUCACGGAUCUGGAAAGCCAGGAGGUGGCUAUGGAGGCGGCGGAGGUCCAGGCUUCGGACCGGGUGGAGGAAUCGGAGGAGGAGGCGGACACUCUGGAGGUGGAAUCGGAGGAGGACACUCUGGAGGUGGAGGUCAUGGAGGAGGUGGACUCAUUGGAGGAGGUCCCGGAUUUGGUCCAGGACCAGGAUUCGGCGGAGGCUUUGGUCCUGGAAUCGGAGGUGGAAUUGGUGGCGGAGCCGGAGGCGGACACUUUGGAGGUGGACUUAGCGGAGGUCACGGCCACAAGCACGGAGGCCAUGGAGGCGGUGGCGGAUACAAAGGCGGAUCUGGUGGUGGCGGAGGAUUUGGCGGCGGUGGUGGUGGAUACGGAGGUGGUGCCCACUCAAGUGCUUCUGCUUCGGCCAGUGCUUCCGCGGGUGCCGGCGGUGGUGGGGAGAAGGUAAAAUUAGCUCUGUGUGAAAGUCACGUGAUGUCCUUGAUGGAAACCAUUUACGCGUUCAGCAGUAGCAGUGGUCGACCCCAAGGACACCGCGAAGGAAAACUUUUCCCCUUUCGGCGGAGAAAUUGCGAAAUGAAGACCCUGAUUGUUCUUGCUCUGCUGGUGGCCGCCGUUUCGGCCCUACCGCAAUUCGGAUUUGGAGGACCCAGAUUUGGAGGACCAGGAUUUGGAGGGCCCGGAUUUGGAGGACCCGGCUUUGGCGGUGGAUUUGGAGGAGGUCCAUAUGGUGGUGGAUUUGGAGGAAAUCCCUACGGCGGUGGUUUCGGCGGAAAUCCCUAUGGCGGUGGAUUUGGAGGAGGUCCAUAUGGCGGUGGAUUCGGCGGUAAUCCCUAUGGCGGAGGAUUCGGAGGUAGACAUCGUCAUGGCGGUGGUGGACGUGGUGGUGGCGGUGGUGCUGCCUCAGCAUCGGCCUCUUCGUCGGCCUCUGCAGCAGGUGGUGGCGGAGCUGCCUCCUCUUCCGCCUCCUCAUCGGCGUCGGCCAGCGGCGGUGGCUUCUACGGCAAAUGAGAUGAUAGUAGAUAA